AUGGGAACGGACUCAGAUGUCUGCAUGGUGCUGGAGGUGCUGGGGCACCAGCUGUUGAAAUGGAUCAUUAAAUCCAACUACCAGGGCCUGCCCCUGCCCUGCGUGAAGAGCAUCUUGCGCCAGGUGCUGCAGGGCCUGGAUUACCUCCACACCAAGUGCAAGAUCAUCCACACGGACAUCAAGCCGGAGAAUGUGCUGCUGUGUGUGGGCGAGGGCUACGUCCGGCGCCUGGCGGCCGAGGCCACCCGCUGGCAGCAGCUGGGCGGGGCACCCCCCUCCGCCUCCGCUGUGAGCUCGGCCCCCCAGGGGAUGGAGGUAAGUUCUGCGUGGGGGCGUUGGACGCCCUCGCACACCCACUGCCUCACGCACCUGCCUGGGCACCUGCUCACUCUCUCUUCCCCAGUGGGCACACGUGUGUCUGCCUGGUUCCUUCCUGGCACAGCCCUUUGCAUGCUCGGGUCCUUCCCCGCCCGCCCGGCACGGCCCUUCGCACGCUCGGGUCCUUCCCCGCCCGCCCGGCACGGCCCUUCGCACGCUGCUCCGCUCACACACUUGGGCUGCUGGUCACACUGCACCGGGUGCUGGCUUUGUCCCCAUCUUCUGCCUGCGGUUCCUUGCGAGAUCUGCCGGAGCCGGUUAUGCGGCUCCCCCAUCAGCACCCCCACCAUCUGGAGCACGGCCUGCAUGGCUUUUGAGCUGGCGACAGGCGACUACCUCUUCGAGCCGCACUCGGGGGACGAGUACAGCAGGGACGAAGAUCACAUUGCCCACAUGGUGGAGCUGCUCGGCGAGAUCCCCCCCCACUUUGCGCUCUCGGGGCGCUACUCACGGGAAUACUUCACCCGCCGAGGUGAGCUGCGGCACAUCCCCAACCUGCGGCCCUGGGCGCUGAGCUCGGUGCUGCUGGAGAAAUAUGAGUGGCCCCGGGAGCAGGCGGCGGCGUUCGCCCAGUUCCUGCUGCCCAUGCUGGAGUUCCUGCCUGAGCAGCGCCCCACGGCCGCCCAGUGCCUGGAGCACCCCUGGCUGGGCCCCUAGGGGCCCCGGCGUCCGGCCACCCAGCGCCUGCAGCACCCCUGGC